UCAUUUCCAUCCAACGUGAUCAAUCUAAAGUGAGUGAGGAGCAACAACAACAACACACACAGAGGUAAGAAAAAGCAAAAAAGGAAAAACAGGAAAAGGUUAUCUUCGUUCAAAGAGACCAAUCAGAAGAAAGGGCUAAGGGUUAAUGGAAAUGACCACUCCCCAUUCCAUUUCCAUCCCCAUUUCCAUUCCAUAUUCCAAGUCCAGAUCGACGCUCCACAGCUCUGUCAAUUUCCUCGGCUACAAUUGCUUGCCGAGAAACCUCAAAUUCAGCGGCAGAAGCUUCGCCGCCAUUACAGCUGAGGCCUCUGUCAGAUGGCUUCUUCAACCCAUUGGCGACGGCGAUUCAAGACACAUCGGCUAUAAAAUCACCCUGCCCGGCGCAUUCGAAGUAGCAUCUAAUGUGGUCACUGUGGGGCGUGCUCUUGAAAAAGCAGAUGUCGUGCUCCCUGUGCCUACAGUUUCAGCUUUGCAUGCGCGGAUUGAGAAGACGGACGAGAAUCUCUUGAUUACGGACUUAGACAGUACCAAUGGUACCUUCAUCAACGAUAAGCGGCUAAAGCCAGGAGUUGUUUCCCCGGCAGUGCCUGGAAAUCGCAUUACGUUUGGCGAUACCAAUUUGGCGAUAUUCAGAGUGUAUAAGUUCGAGGAAGAUUCCGGCGACGGAGACGGAGACGGCGACGAGGGCGCUGAAGACGAAGCAGAAGCAGCAGCAGCUUAAAGACAGAGAAGCUCAUCUUCAUGUAUAUGUUUUCUGAGAUUUUUAAGAUUCGGAGAACCUAAACUGAACUUGUUUAUUAGUAAGGUUAUUUCACUGUGCUGUUGUUUUUGAGCAGCCAAGUUUAUUGUUAUUAUUAUUAUUAUUA